UACCUGCAGCCCAAGAGCAAAACCAAACCAAGCCAAGCCAAGCCAAGCCAAGCCUGAUAAUAAUCUCCUCGUUUAGGGCGUGGCGCUGUAGAGUCGCAUCAAGCUGUUUAUCUGCCGUCAGAUUCUGCUCCCCUGCCUGCGUUCCUUGUCGCGACGGCUUGCCUUCUUAGGCUCAGAUAAUUCGGGCUGAUUCUGGAACAAUGGCUGCCACCUUGGGAUUGUCGACAGCAGUUUCCGUUCCCGCCAGGCUGAGCCACGUGGCAUCUGCCAGCAACGGCAUCUCCGGCACCGCGGCCUCCGUCGCCUUCCCCUCCGCGAAGCGAGCGGGUCAUGCGGGAUCGCAGGUGGCGGAGGGACGCGGCAAGUGCCGAUGCUCGACGGCGGAGAUUCUCCACGACGGCGCGCGGGAUCCGCUGCUGUUGCGCGUGGCGCGCGGAGAGGACGCUGAGCGGACUCCCGUGUGGCUCAUGAGGCAAGCCGGGCGCUACAUGAAGGACUUCCGCAAGUUCUCUGACAAGUACCCCUUCCGCAUGCGCUCUGAGACGGCGGAGAUUGCUAUCGAGCUGACCCUGCAGCCGUGGAAGGCGUUCGGCACGGACGGCGUCAUCAUGUUCUCCGACAUCCUCACCAUCCUGCCCGCGCUGGGGGUGGAGUUCGACAUGGUCAAGGGCAAGGGGCCCGUCAUUGCGGACCCCAUUCGCACCAAGGCCGACCUGCUGGACAUGAAACCUCUGGAGGACCCUGACGCCAAGCUGCCCUUCAUCCGCGAGAUCCUCACUUCCCUGCGGAGGGAGAUCGCGGGCAGCGAGGCGACGCUGCUGGGGUUCGUUGGCACGCCGUGGACGCUGGCGGCGUAUGCCAUCGAGGGGCAGGGCAACAAGAACCUCAUGGCCACCAAGCACAUGAUGCUGCACGAGCCUCAGCUGCUGCACGGCGUGCUGCAGGCCCUGGAGGAUGCCCUAGUAGUCUACGUGUGCCACCAGAUCAGCUGUGGGGCACACAUCGUGCAGCUGUUUGACUCGUGGGCGCACCACCUCACGCCUGCGCAGUUCGCUGAGUUCAGCCUGCCAUACGCGCAGCGCAUCGUGCAGCGUGUGAAGCAGCUGCACCCGCACACGCCCAUCAUCUUCCACGCCAACGGCGGCACUGGCAAGCUGCACCUCGUGCAGGCGGGAUGCACUGCUGAUGUCAUCGGGCUCGACUGGGGCACCGAUAUGGCUGAAGCCAGGAGCCUCUUUGGCAAUGACACUGUGCUUCAGGGUAAUGUGGACCCUAUGGUUCUCUUUGGCCCCGAGGCGUCCAUCAGAGCAGCAGUGGCUGACUGCCUGAUCAAGGCGGGGGGCAGAAGGCACAUUCUCAAUGUGGGACAUGGCGUGGUGCAGGGAACUCCUGAGGAAUCUGUUGCUCUCUUCUGUAAGCUUGCACAGGAGAGUGGGAGGGCAGGCGCACAGGCAGCUGCCGUCUUGCAAUCAGCUGCUUGAAAGAGAAGUGCUUGGCUUAUGCAAUGAUAUGCUAGUGCAACGUUGAGUUUUGAAGGAAUGCUGCGUGCUUGUUAUUUAGUAGCUAGAAAAUGUCCAAUAGAAUGAGUAAUAACGUGGAAAAGUGUUUUGGUAGUAUUUCAAACUAUUUUGAAUGGAUGAGCAUUUUGUAGG